AUGCACGGGAACGAGGACAAGAGCGACUUUGAGCGCAGCGCGGUGAUCCGCGGCUCGCAGGCGCCGACGAACGAAAUGCGCGACCCCAGUGCGCCGCUCGACCCGGCGACGGUGUACCUCCGCACAGAGCGCCAGACGCUGCGCAGGCUGCCUCGCUCGGGCGGUAUCAUCUUCACGAUCCGCGUGUACCAGACGCCUGUGGUUGAGCUUGCCGAGGAGCCUGGUGUCCCCGGGCGGCUGGCCAGUGGUGUGCGAGGGUGGUCGGAUGACGUUGCUGAGUACAAGGAUCUGUUUGCGUACAAGGACAUUCUGAGUUACCUGGAUGAGCGGCAUGCUGAUCAGGUAGAGAAGGGAGUGGUGGCGGCUGACGAUCGUACUGCGGUUUACCCGUUGUGA